CCACAUCGCCCACCCCCGCACUCAUCCAGGGUACAGAGGCGACGUCCUUCCCAAGGCAUUCAUCCACUCACACAAGGGCACAUUCACCCUUCAUCAUCGUCUGCCUCCUUCUUACUCUCCCAUCCUCACCAUCUUACCACCCCACCACCGAGCCGGGCCUUUCUCUGAUACCCAAGACCCCACACGCUCGCUAUACCAAUCCCUGCCUCCUUCCAGCCACUCUAGUGCUGCUAGCUGCACCCUCUUUACAUCCUUCUGACCCUGCCUUGGAUAUUCAGCGACAGUCUCGUCUCAACUGGCUCCGAUAUAAACAUGAUGUGCAUUCCCACACCGAACCAUCGCAAGCUGGUACAGGACUGCUACCCACCAUCCAAGAGAAUCGCAGGUGUAGAAAACCCCAGUUCCAAUGAGCUAGGCAAGCUCGUGUACUAUGCUCAGAGCAAGCCGGCAAAGCUCUCUAAAGUGGGCAAAGUCUUGGAGGAGAGAGCAGCUGCUGAUGCUAGGGGUGUAGAAGGAGCGGGUGCUGCGAAUGAGAAGGCCAAAUGCGGCCUCCUGAUCACCAUUGCCAUCCUCAAGGCGCUCAUUAGCGAAUGCCCCAGAGACAUUACCUACAUCUCCAAGUCCGCUCAGGCCAUCAUGGCUCACGCCGUCAAGGCUUCUGCAAAGUCAGGCAAUGGAGGUCAGCGAGACCUCGCCCUCUCUGCUCGCGCCUCCAGCACCUUCUUUGCCUACACAAGCGCCCUUGACCCGGCUCGCAAUUCAGUGGAGGGUGAGCUCGGAGCGUCUUAUCUCGAGCUGCUAGAGAGCUUCGGCUACAUGGCCACAGACAGGAAUACCAGUGAUCCAGAGGAUCUCAACCGGGCUAGGCUCAUUGGUCUUGGCGCUCUAUCCUCAGCAGCCAGCUCCGACGUACUGUAUACUUCGGCCUUCUCCAGGCAAGCAUCGGUCAUUGUUCCAGCCCUUCUCGAGAACAUGCAGGCCAAGUCAGCUCCACUCGAUGACUUGAAAGCCGAAGCAGGUAAAGUAGCCAGCGGAUCACCCACCUAUACAGCCUUCUCGAGCCUUGCAAAGAAGAGACCCAGUCAUCGAAAGGCCCCAUCGCUUUCCGGCCACGUGGCUGGUGAAAAGGGACCAGAGACUGCUGAAGUCAUAUCUGCCUCCAUGGGGAUCUUGCACGGCCUCUUCAAGCAUGCGGAUGCACUCCAGGUGCAAGAGGCCAUGAAGGCCGUCCUCGGCUGGAUGGGAGGACGAGGAGGGACACAACAGCAGUGGAGCAACGAGGAGUGGGCUCGCUUCCUGGGUACCACCUUGGUACGUUGGACUUCGCUGCAGUACCGCUUUGUGAUCCUUAAUUCGCUCCUCGAGCAUCUAGUCGAGGACUGCGAGGGUCCAACUUCAUUCAAGCACGGGACUCUCCUUGAGAUGAUUGCAGCCAUCCUGAAGAGCAAAGACCUCACAUUGAUCGGGCUUAGCACUUCAGAUGCUCUCAAUAAUCUCGCUGGCCUCACUGUCAGGCGCGUUCACUUCGACAUCAAAGAUCCCUUGUUGCCUCAGCUGGUACGCUGUAUCGAAAGUCUUGCUGUUCACGUCUACUAUGCUGAUCAGCUCAACGAUGCAGCAGAGGAACUCGUUGCUCGCAUUGUGGCUCUCAAUCAGCCAGAGACCGACACAGCUGCAGCUGAAGCCACGAUGAGGGUCUCUCACCUGCCAAGGAAAUCGGCUGCAACGAGGCGAGCCGGUGAAGCCCAAAAGAUGGAAAGCAUUCGUAUCGUCCUCUUUGCCCUGAUGCGGAUCAUCAUCGUGGCCAACUCAAACGAUGCUAUCGUAGGCAAGGUCCGGAAGCGCAGCAGGACAAACAGUGACUAUGCCGUGAGAGAAAAGGGCAAAGCAUCGGACCCCAACUCGGGCAUUACUCUAGCCGGCGCACGUGCUAGGAUUCAGCCUGACGCUCUGCAGCCAGUCACUUGGCUACUUGCGUCGUACGACUGCGGUGUUCGUCUUGCAGCUGCACACCUCUUCAUCGCGUACCUCAAACUGGAAGCUCAAGAGCCUUCAGCCGCUUCGUCGGAAGCAGCAUCGUUGCUGCACGGCAUUAGCGCUGCGGCUUACAUUUGCACUUUGAGUCGCUCCUUGCGCCUCCCCUCAACGGGCUCAGCAGGCGCUCUGGAGAAUCCUCUUGGCCAACUCGUCCUUGUGCAGCGAGCCAACGAGAGCGGCUCAAUGACCGAGCUGCGGGAUGAAAGCGAAGCCGGCGUGCCGCUCGACUAUGCGGCCCUUGUCCUCCUCUUCACCCUGGCUACCGAUCGCCUGGCUGGUGCGGCCCUUUUGGCGUUCGUUCCUGCUCUGCUUGCCAUCGACCGAGGCGCAGCUCGUGAUCUAGUAGCCGAAGGUAGCCCGGCCUCCUUGGUGACUCAAAGACGUCACACCACGCGCCUCUUCCUAGCCAAAGUGUGGGUGGCAAUCAGCGAGAAGUGGGCUGUCCCUUCAGUGCGCAAAGAGGCAUCGACGGUGCUCGCAGCACUGAGCGACGAGAUUCUGCCCACGGUCCCUGAGCCGACGCGUAGUCUGACCUUGCCAGAGGAAGUGGACCUGUUCCCAGACUUUGCAGAGGAUGCAAGCGCAGGAGAGGGUAGUGCAGCCGCUUCGCCCGUCUUUGACCCGUCCAGGAUCAUGAAGGCACUGGCUAGCAGCGCAGAGGUGCAGACGAAUACGGGUAUGCCCGAAGAAGCUCUAAUGAGGUGGUUCGGCCGAGAUUGGAGCGUCGCGAUGGCCAUCGACGACAGCGCAGUCGGCGCAUCACCUUAUCACGAUCCUGCACUGGAGAAUGCCAUGGGCAAUGGACAUGCUGACAAGGCCACCAGGCUCACCUUUGAGACGGCCGCCGGCAACGGAUCUGCGGACAUGGCAGCCAACGGAAGUGGACAGCACCCCAUCGGUGUAGAUGACUUCCGCCAGGCGCUAGGCAGCAAAUCUGUGCACGGCGGCGGUGGUGCUGCAGGUGGAGCAGGUCGAAGCGUGCGUACCAACCGCCAACCCCUGCAGGACUCCUCACUCAGCAAAGCAGGCGCCGCUGGAGGUCUGCAAGGCCUCGAUAUUCCCAUUCCAGGUCUGCGCGCCUCUACUUCCGGGCAGCGCAUGAGCUUGAGCGCCAGCAGGGACAGUCCAUUCAAGAAUCGUACUUCGGCCGCACCUGACGCUGCCUCCCUUGAUGGCUCCGUCAAUUCGGGCGUAGCGAAUGGGUCCGGCCCCACGCCACUCUCUGCGGCGGAACGAAGGGCGAGCAGGAGAGCGAGCAGGCAGCAAGCUCCUGGUGGAGCUGGAGGAGCAGAGUACAACGGCGGGGCUUCUCCUGUUGGUGGGCUCGUCAAUGGCAACGGAGUCGGCUCUGGGUCCGCCUUUGCGAAUGGCUAUGCACACGGCAUGGGGCAGGGCGGUGUGUCUCGUGCAGAGGGCACUUCGAGCGUCGCAGGCCUGCUGGACUCGCUGGGAAUUGAUGAAGGCACGGGUGAAGGCGCUUUCACCGGAGCGGGUGGAGCUGCUGGCAAUGGCGCAGGCGCAGGCGCAGGUGCAGGCGCAAAGACACAUGCGCUCGUCCCACCUCAUGCCGCAUGAGCGACUCACACCUCGCGGGUAGCGACGAUGAUCUCAGGUGUGCUGAGAUGGUGAAUGGACAAUCUGCCUUUUUUUUCUUUCCUUUUCCUCUUCUCUCCCUUUCCUCCGUUGUUUGCGCUCUCUCUCUCCUCUAUAUAUCUAACUAUCCGUCUCUUCUUUUCUUCUGCCCCGCUCACACUCUACUCGCUCACAUCGAUUGAUCCGUGAGGUUUUAGUAUCGUCAUCGAUAGGGAGAGAGAGGGGGGGAGGGAGAGAUCAAUGCUACUACACUCC